CUCUCUAUGGGCUCAUUUGGCUCCCUCUAGUCCUCACUUUCCUUCUCCAUGGUUUCUGCGGGGCCCUCUAGCCCUGACGCCUCCUCUCCGUAGUCUCUCGCGUGGUGGCGUCUGAGACCCGGGACCGAGAUGUGGCGGCUGCCGGGACUGCUGAGCCGAGCCCUUCACCGCCUCCAUGCGCUGAAUGCUUCAAGCUCUAUCCAUGGGAUCCCAACCCUUCCCAGCAAUGAGGAGCUCUGGAACGCCACCUCAGCACUCAGUGCUGGACAGACUCCAUCUGAACAGAGUUGGCAGAGUGGACGGGGUCGAGAUGAUUGGGAGCAAGGGAAUGCGCAGCGACCCUUCUUGAACUUGCAGCCUCACUACACAGUCCUGGAUGCCUUCACCUGGGGCGCACUAGCUGUGCUUGUUCUGCAGUUGGCCAGGCAGAUCCCAUGGCUGAGCCCCGUGCCAGGGGCAGGAAGAGAGGAUGGGCAUCCCCGUGUGGGUGGGCUCCUCUCUUCUCUGCUGCCCCAUCAGCACUCAGUGCCAGCUGCAGGCUCAUCCAGUUGCCACAGUAACCAAAAGGUGCCCUGCUUCCUGCUGGGAGGAAUUCCAGACGCUGCACCAGAGAAUCCAUCCCCUGGCAUCCCCUCAGGGCAAGGAAAGCCUCAGCUCUGCCCAGAAACAGGGGAGCGUCCAUUCCCUGAGAGCUGCAGCACCAGCCUGGGACCAGCCCACUGCAGUGCACAGGGGCUGUCAUUUUCCACUCUGCAGGGGAAGCCAGCACAGCAGGAACGCCUGGAGGAAGCAGCUACCCAGCUGCAGGAGGUGUUCCGGGUCAGCGUUUCCACUGCGCUCAAUAUCCGUGGGAUUGAGAGUGUGAGUGAUGGCCACUACAGGGCAGCCUAUUCCUGCUUCAAGCUGGCAGCAGAUCGGGGCUACAGCAAAGCCCAGUUCAACGUGGGCCUGUGUUAUGAGCAUGGCAGAGGCACGGAGAAAGACCUGGCAAAGGCAGCUCUCUAUUACCAUCGUGCAGCCAGCAAUGGGCACCCCACGGCCCAGUACCGCUAUGCCAGGUUCCUCUUACGCCAUGGGCUCAACGCUGAAGGGGCUGACAUGCAGAAGGCUGUGACUCUGCUGGAGCAGGCAGCAGCAGCAGGGCUAGUGGAGGCACAGGCCUACCUUGGGGUGCUCUACAUGAAGGGGCUGCAGUCUGCAAAGCAGAGGGCUCUGAAAUACCUGUGGCUGGCGGCCAAGAAUGGGGAUUCCCAUAGCAGAUACCUUGUUGGUGUUUGCUAUGAGAAGGGCCUUGGAGUACAACAGAACUUCGCAGAAGCAAUGGAGCAUUACCAGCACUCGGCUGCUGCAGGAAACAGACAUGCUCAGGAGAGAGUGCAAGUUGUUGAGCAGGAGAUGGCAGCUGCAGAGAGCACCCAUCCAGCACCUUCUGGAAUGAUAGCGUUCUCCUCCAGCCCCUGCCUCUGGGUCCUGGAGCAACUAGCAGAGCAGCGCCAGGCCUCUCCGAUGGGAUGUCGUGCUUUACCCCUGCCCUAUUCCUGGAGCACAGGCAAUCUGGCAGGGGCUGACGUCAGCUGACUGAGAUGGAAUCCAGCCCCAGAACACUCGGCAAGUCUAUUGGAUUCUUCCCGCCUGGAGCCACAGCCAGUGCUCUAUUCUCAGGGGAUAGCACUUGGCUAGUAGGUACAAAUGGAAACAAUCCCUUCCUGUGGAAAUCAUGCCCAAGAGGUGCAGUACCGUUCUCCCGUAACUCCACCUGCCCUUGGGGAGAGGCAGCAGUGUGGAGGGGGCGGGGUGAUGGCGGAAGGGGGUGGGCUAUGGUGUAUGGAGAGGAGGGGGCAGGGCAAGUUCUCUAAUGGAACAGGAAUGAUACAGGUGCUUCCAGAGCAGUCUCCCUGUGCCCUACUGGUACUACUCUGCACUACCUGGCCUAAUUUCACACUGCCCCAGCCAACCCCAGGCCCCAGCUCCUCCACUCUGACAUGGCCCAGGGGCCUAACUACAUGCAUUCACACAGCCCAACCCAGCUCAGCCCCCAUGCUUUGUGAACUGGGCCAGCACCUCACUGUCUCUGCUGGCCUGAAGGCCUUGCUGGAGGCUCCUCUUCUGAACACCAAUGCUCUGCUCCACGCUGGAGCUGCACUUGGCUCGCUGGUCCAUCCCCAACCUGUACUGUCUGGCAGUGUCUGGCACCAUGUCAUGACUUGCCACCAGGGCUGCAGGUCACAUAGUGGCACUACACACACAAGUUGCAGCAGUUUAAUUAAAUCAGUUAAAAGCCGAUUAAGUCAAACAGAUGCUAAUCUCUGCCUGCGCCUGUACAUGUACCCACACAAGCUAAGCCUAUACAAGCAGGGUUUAAUCUGUGUUAAGAGUAUCUACACACAAAUUGGACUGUUUUAAUUCAGUAGCAAAUUCUCCCUGUAGUCAAACUGGUGCAUCUCUGCGUGUAGGCCUGGCCUCACGACAGCAGCUGUCCCCUGGCACCUGCUCUCAAUUCCAGCCUCCAUUCUGCAACUGCAGGGUACAGGCUCCCCCUUUGUUCCCAGAGCCUGUGGCCUUGCAUUCAAGGCCACUCAGUUUACUUGCUCUUCCUUUGUGAGGCAGGAUGCAACUGGCAGGAAAUCCCUCCGACGGAUUUCCCUACUCUCAUAAUAACCAGGACUGCUCCUGAGCAUCAUCUCCCUGCUGCCGGGGGGAGGGAGGGCGGGGGAAGGGGGAGCUGCACCCACCCCCUUCCUUUGUUAUAGGACUUACUGGGGGGAAAAUGAAGCAUAGCAAGGCUAAGCUAGGGGAAUGGAAUUAAUCUCCUCUUUAAUUCACUAAUUUAUUGUCAUCUACAAAUAAAUCCAGUGGCUACAUGCAAAUAGUGCAGGGUGAAAAAGUUGGGAGGUGGUUCGCUGUUUUUGUGGGACGCCUUCAGUCUGAGAUGAGAGCAAGCCCUCCAGUGCUGAGCUCCCCCACAGACACAAGCACCUCCCCUGUAGCUUGCAAAGGAGUUCAGGCCUGUGGCUAGGCCAGAAUUUGCCUCACAGUCAUUUGGUUGCUGAGGAAAAACAAUUUUGUUUUCAGCAGUCAGCAAGUAAUGAAGAAUUAGUGGUGUAACUAAUAAUAAGAUGGUGCAAGCAGCAAAGAAUGAGCCCCAUCCUUCAGGUCACUGUUUUUUGCUUCCAAGGAUCUUUGAACUUUUCUUAAAGUAUUUUAGAGAGUCCAGUGUUAGAAGCAUUUGAUUUUUUAAAAGUUACAGAACUCCAAGUGCUAGAGAUUUUUUGGUUGCAUUGCUCUAUCACCUGUGCCAGCCACACCAUCUAGAAGGCACUCUCAAGGGGAUGGACAGUUGGGAGCAAGUUCCACUCCCCAAAAUGACUUUUCAUUUUCACUCCUUUAAAUGGACCCUUCCUCCCCCCAGUGUCUAUUCCUGCUGUGGGUUGCUGUGCUCAGACACACAAAGCAAAGCUUUGUAACUGCUGUGCACGUGGGAAAGGUAGUGAUAGGGCAGGGCAGGUGUGGGCAUGCACUAGACAAUUUUGGCCCUGUACUGAUACUACUAGAUCUUUGCCAGCUCUGGGGAAAUGCCGUUGCUUUGGAGAGCCCACCUCAAAAUUUGUAACAAGAGAGACACUAAAGUGGAGCUAUCAGUACAUCUAAACGGAAAGUGCUGCUUAGCCUUAACCAGUGAUGAGCUGCCAAAAUAUUAACAACAGGUUCCCUCCUCCUCACCCCAUGAGGGGGUCAUACCCCCCCCCGGAAUCCCGCCCCAUCCCACCCCCCCUUUU